AUGGAUUUCAUUGCAUUUAAGGAUGGUGGCCUGCGAGACGACCGCUACAGGAUUAUAGAUGAGGUUGAAGAAAGGUUACCUGACCGUCCGAAGGUGAACCAUCGGCAAAGGAGUGUUAAAGAUUACGGACUGACAUGCGCUCAGCAGCAAGACCGUUCACAAGCAGAAGGAUUGUUCACUGUAACCCCUAGGACUGUAGAUUUUAGAGAUAUUGUAGUCGGCCAAACGUACACCAAGAAGGUAACGUUAACAAACUGCACGAACAAGUUGUACGCCUUCAGGAUUUUACCCGUCUCCCCAAAAUAUAAAGAGGUCCUCCAGUAUGAAUAUCGUCUUCCGCCGAAACUUCCCUCCGGACUGUCUUGGAGUGUGAACAUUCGGUUUACCCCCUCGAAGGAAGACGAUUUAGAAACAACCAUCGUAUUUCGGACAGAACAAGGUGUUUUCGUUGUCCCGGUGAGGGCUUUUCGUCGUAAAUCAGUUGUUUCUGCUUCCCCUGACAAACUUGAUUAUGGUUGUGUGAUAUUCGGAGAGAAAUUGUCCAAAAGGGUUACUCUGAGGAAUGACGGUGCCCUUGCAGCUACAGUAUCGGUUGGUGGGUCGGUGCGCGACUGGACAGAUGUGCUUCAUAAGAAUCCUAUCAACGGAAAAGAAGAAUCUGUCGUGGUGUUUAACCCCGCUGGUUACACUCUGACCAUUGAACCGUAUUCCGCUAGUUACUUUGAUGUAAUAUUUUCUCCUCAUGAAGAUGUUGUUAUUGAUGGUGACAUUGAAAUCCGCUACGAUGUAGACGGGUCGGCGGCUGUCAAAAAAAUUCAAGUAAGAGGGACUGGAGGUUCACUUCCUGUGCACGUCUCCUCGGCAGCUGAAAUAGACUUCGAGUGGUGUUUUUUUGAAACCACGUACUGCGAAAAGAUAACGAUUCAAAAUACAACAAACGUGCUGACAACAGUUAUUCCGGAGGUCCCACCAACGUUGUCUUCGUCGCUCUCUUUUUCACCAAAGUCGGUAUGUGUUCAAGCAAAGAGCACUUCCGAAAUUUGCGUUUUUUUCACUCCUCAAAGAGGUCUUGGACACACAGUUCAAAGCGUAAUUCUGAUGUCAGUCCGUGAUCAGAAAACGCCCCUUUCAGUAAAACUGAAUGCGAGGUUAACUGAGCGGGGGUUCGGGGUUAGCACGAAUGAACUGCACUUUGGUUCGCGAAGCGUCUGCGAAGAGAUAGUACAGCCGCUGAGGGUAGAAAAUUUGUCCGAUCUCCCCCAAACUCUUGGAUUCUUAACACUUCCUGAUAACGUGAAGGUUGCUCCAUACCCAAUCGUUACGUUGCUACCGAAAGAGGUGAUGGAGUUCAAGGUGGGAGUGCGACCGCCAACGCUUGGCCAGUUCACUCACGUUGUCAAUAUUACCAACGAAUACGAUGUUUCACGUGCCAUUCAACUGACUGGCUGCGGAUGCGAGUAUCCUGUACGGUUCUCAAAGUCAUGUAUCGAUCUUCCAGCAUGCCCAUUGGGUGGUGAGAUCAAUUACUCAGUAACGUUGCAGAACAAUGGGAAUGCUCAACAAUCGUUCUUCAUUUCCUCCCCUCUUGAAUACCUAAGGGCAAGUCCUUCGUUCGGGACCCUUCAAGGAGGAGAACAUUGUCCUAUUGUUGUAUUCUUCGCACCUCUUGCGCAGCCGUCCACACCACCCUUGGAGGAGACAAUGCCUCGGCCAAGUACCAAGCGCAUAUCCCGGAGAGGAAGGGAACGGGAACAUACACCACCGCUGGAAAAGGUGACAGAUAGCGAAGAAGCUUGCUUAAACGAACUAUACAAGGCAUGGGAGUGUAAUUCCUCCGGUGAGGGGUGGAGCAGACAUUCCAGCUUCUUCUUAAAGUGCGUGGUAGGGGAGGCGGCUAGUGAACAAGUUGUGAUGCUUCAAAUUAAUUGUGUUGUUGUCAAACCCACGCUAUCCGUGAGCCUAGUCUCCCGCGUCCACCAGAAGGCAGUUUUGAGGAAGGCAUCGAAACGCGGUGCGAAGAAGAACGAACGUCGCGGUGUCGAGCAGUCACUAACACUAGAAAUAUCACCGAGUGCUGUCAAGCAAAGUGUUGAUUUUGGGAAGGUGCCGCUAAACUCUCGUGUUGAACGAGUUUUCCUGCUUCGCUACACUGGGGAAGGGUCCAUGUAUUUGCAAAUGCGCCCAGUGGCUGCAUAUUCACCGUUCUUCGUUUCCAAGCCACCUCAGUUUAUCCUUUCUCACGAUGAAGAAUGUGCGGUAACCGUUUGCUUUACACCCGCAGAGUGCGGCUAUUACAGAGAGGAGGUAGUUUUUUCCUCCGCAUGCUCAAAUGACGUGACGUUAUCGUUGCAAGGAUCAUGUGAGCCCGCCGAUUUGCUUGUAACUGGCGAUCGAGAGCUCGGGGAGCAAACAAAGUCCAUUGAGGUGAUCGUUCUAGAACCCGCUCAGGUUGGACAGGAAUCUCGGCAGCAACUCUUUUUCCACAAUAUGAGCAAUUUGCCUCUUGAAGUGAACGUUGCGUUUAUUACUGGGGAGGGAAAGACUCCUGCGUGGCCAGAAGGCUGUUCUUUUACCUUUGAGUGCGAUCAGUUUGUCAUACCAGGAAGGACAAAGGUCCCCAAAACGAUUGUGUUCACCCCACAAGUAGUUGGAAUGGUUUCCUUGCAUCUUCGCGUUUCAGAUGGCUCGUCUGUUCAAACCAUCCUUGUGGAAGGUCGUGGGUGCGACUUGCCUGUGUUUCUAACAUUUCCCUCAUGUAAGGAAUUGGCGGCGGGAGAGAGUGCACCGUACACUGGUUUCCGGAAAAACCCCUUCCCGGAAACUGGUGCGUCUGCCAUUGACCCGGUCCGACUCUAUUUCGCAGCAGAACAAACAAGAUCAAUAUCCGUUGGUAGCCUCAAGGCAGGAAGCUCUUUUGAAUGCAUUGUUGGUGGCUGGAGUGAGACGUUUACUGAGAAUGGGUGGAAGUUAGAGCCUCUGAAAAUUACUGGACCUGCUGGGAGUCACGGUACAUUCACGGUGUCAUACAACCCCAGACGUGAUCACACGGACGUUUCAUUUUGUACGUUUUCACUGGCGAUUAAGUGUGCUUUGGUGCCGGAAGAAAGGGUGUACCAUGUUCAGUGCACAGGAACUGCCUAA